AAUAGUUGUUGUUGUUGUUGUUGUUUUUCUUGAAGAAAAUAUAGGUAUUCUCUGAGAAGCAGCACUUUUUGAUUACCUCAAAGAGGAUGUAGACUGGGAUAUAGAUUCCAUGAAGACUGGGUACAUAUAUAAAGCUUCACAGCUCAGGAAGGAAACAGAAUGUCUUAUACUGCUGCUGAUUAAAAAAAAAAUAGAUUCUAGACUUCUUCAGUAUUUCAUUUAUUUACUCAUCCAUCUGUAAUACUUCAUGCGAGACGAGCAAUAGAAUGUGAAAGGAAACAUUUGCAAAAAUAUUGACAGCCCCUGAAAGGAAAGCAGAUAAACUAAACGCGUUCGUGGCAGCGGAGAGCCGUGGAGAGUCUUCCCGGGGAGAUGCUCUGGGGUGCGCUGCCGGCAGCCGGGCGAGCCACCCAGGAGAUGGUGCUGUUGGACCGGGGAAGCGGCACAGCCCUGACCCAGAAGCAUCUUUCAAUGCGGUCCUCCCUGUUUUCCGUCUGUGUUGUAUGUUACUCUUUGGGGUGCUGGUUUUCUUUUGGGAGAGGAAGGUGCCGGUGUGAACCGGGGCGUUCCGCGCUCCGGGGCGCGGUGCCGCUCCCAGCCAGCCGGCCCGGCGCCCUGGGUGGAGAUGACGGCAGCGCUUGAAGGCGAUGUUUUUCGCCGGGACUGCGUGGCUGGCGAGAUGGUAACGCCGAGGCGGGGAGCAGCUUCACAGCCCACUGCCCUCACCGGAGCCACCGCCUGAGCAGCGCUGCGCCCCGGCCGGGGCUCGCCGGGCGCCCGCUGCCUCUGCCUGGCGUGGGGAGAGCGGGGGCUCCUCGGGGACCCGCCGGCUUCCCCGCCGGCUUCCCCGCGCCAUCCUCGGCCCGUCCCGUCCCGCACACACGUGCCUGGCCAAGUGCCAAGAUCACAGCUAGAAGGGAGUCAUCCAUGAAGAUUUGUUCAUGCAGCUAAGCAAACUUUCAUGGAUAGAGUUCAAAACAGAAAAGGGAAUGAAUAUUGUGUACUCAGACAGCAAUAAACCUUCAGCUGCAGACCACUGACAGAAAUCUAUGGACCACCAGUUUGGGAAGCCUCAGCUUUAAACUCUAAAUGAUUCAACAUUUGUUCCCUCUGAUGACACCGCGAAUCUGGGAAUGAAGAACUUCUUAGAGCUGAUUGGAAAUGGCAUUGCGGAGCUGAAACUUAACUGGAGGAAAUAUAUCUCCUGAAGAAGAAAAUAUAAUGCACUGUAAGGAUCUGUCUUCUGGUGAAAAAUUCAAGCCUAGAGAAAACUUGUCUGCUUUGUUAGGAAGAAUGGGUUGGACAAUUUUCUUCAAUUCCAAAGGAUAUCUGAAUGCCAUGCUGAGCUUAAUCUCUGCAGCAUGCUCUGUGCUUCUCAUCUUUUCCUGAUGCACUGCAUGGUUAUUCUGAAGGGGAGGAUAAAGAAACUGGCCACCAAGAUGGUAAUCACUAGUGGAAAUGAAGAAGAUAAAGGCAGUCAAGAAAAGGAAAGCAAAGAAGAAACCAUCUUGGCAAUGCUUGGAAUUAUUGGGACAAUUCUGAACCUCAUUGUGAUCAUUUUUGUGUAUAUUUAUACAACGUUGUAAACUAGAAGGCAUGCAAAUAGACCAGAUAAAACGGCCAUUAAGAGUGACAACAAACAUUGCUGACUAUUGACAAGUUCUUUAAUCAGAAUUGACUCUGUAUUAUAUUAACACAUCAUAAAAGCACUGCCUGAAGGCAGCGAAGACUGAAGCACAAUUAAUUUAACAAGACUUUUUCACACAGUAAUAAGCUUAACUCCUCUCUCCUGCCCUCUCCCUUUUGGUUUGGUUUUCAGUUUGGGGGAGAAUGACUGUAGUUAUAUAAGUUGCAUCUUCGAAGAAAUCCACCAGGGACAGGUUGUUUUAACACAACCAAAAAAAAAAAAAAAAAAAAAGAAAAGGAAAAGAAAAAAAAGAAAGAAAAAAAAGGAAAAGAAAGAAACUGUACACUAUAUAUAAUUAGAAAUGUAUGCUGUAUACCCGCAAAGAUUGAACUCAAAGAUAGCUUCAUAGCACAGAUCACGUGUCUGUUAGGUCAAAUGGGUUUUUCUCUUGGUUUUUGCUUUUACUUACAUUGAAUCCGACAAGCUUUUUAUUUAGAAUGAACAUAUGGUGCAAUCAUGAAAAAAACAAUUCCAUUGAGCAAGGUCUGCCUAAACCCGAUAAAAUGUUGGGAGAAAUACAUUAUAUGGUUAUUUUUCCUUUCUCAUUUGCUUAACGUCUGUGUCUGUUCAUACCAAUGUUUAUAAAUAUAUAUUUUUAAUAAAUGUGCUAUAUUUUUAGCAUGAACCAAAUAUUUGGAGACACUUGUAUUCAUGCAGCUAAAUUUUGUUUGAUGAAGUGCCCCUUUUGACAAUGGAUGUUAUUUUCCUCAGCAAUUAUACAGCAGUCUUGUUUGCAGCCCUCUCACUGAGGUCUGGAGCAAGCUCACAUCAUGCUCACAUGCAUGACUUGAAGUUGGAAUGUCAGCUGAAAAGCAUUGCUGCUUAAUAUGGGAAAUAGCAAAACAUUGUAAGGUGACCUUUGGAGACUGGUUGCAGAAAGAAGGCUCUCUUUAUAGUUAAAAAAAGAAACAGCAAAUGAAAGGAAUACUGAGGCAACUCACAAAAUAUUGCAAAAUUCAUAGAAUUUAUGGCUUUCAGAAUCUGGUCACGCUCUCUAAGUACUUGUGCUGAGAGAAGUGAGCAGAGGUUUAUACAGCUGAAAAGAGAAAUUUAUAGAGCCUGUAGUGAGGGGCUUAAGUGAAAUCCAGAUUGUAAAUACAGGGUGUAUUUUAAAUGUGAGGAUCAUUAACUCUUUACGCUUCUCUGACAUGUGCUUUAACUGAGUUGCAGUGAAAGUGCAGUGCAGUGAAAUUCUCUGACUUGUGUUUUUGACAGGAAUGUGCAAUGAUGAUGAUCACCAUUUUUCUUCAGAGUUCAGUACCUAUAAAUGUACGAAGCAUUAAAAAUAUGAGACCUCAGUUCUGCCUCAAGCUGCCUAAGUACAUUGCCCACUAACUCUGAUAUAUCCUCUUAAAAAAUAGGUCAAUUGAUUGUUUACUGACUUGUGGUUUGGAUUGCAUCCUCAGAUGCACAAGGAGGAUUGAUAUUAAAGUCAGCUAGAGCUGUGAAAAUUUUGACCAUAGAGCCUCCAUUUUAGUGAUCAGACCUGUCCCUCUGGAAUCAAUAACAAGUUUUUCACCAUUUUUCAGGGUCUGGGAAUGAUCUCAAAAAUACAGAAUUUCCAUGCAGGAUAUAAAAGAAAGCCUGAGUGGCAUCUCUAAUAAACAGCGGUGGUUAGUCUCUUAUGGUGCCAUACAGUCAAUAACAAAAACCAUUAAGGGUAGAAAAAAGGUCAGUAAAUAAAUUACAAUGAAUUCCAAUAUGAAGACUGAAAGAAAGCAGAGGAAAAUUAAUCUCAUGUUAAUGAAAACAUGACAGGGUGAGAGAGGUGAGAAAAUGAGCAGAGAUUUGAAGUAGAAAGCAGCACAUAAAGCCAGUGCCAUGCAUGCCAGCAUGGCUGAGGAAAAAUUUGAGUUUGCACAGUGCUGGUAGAGCUGCAAGUCUCAGAGAGGACAGGAAACAGCAGUGGUGCAGGACAGUGUAGCUCAGUGAAAGUGAUCUCUCUUUUUUUGAUUUCCAGUUAUUUAUUGAUAAUUCUAAGCAAUCAGCAAACUCUUUUUGAUCAUCCUAAUUGCUAAAAUAUAUUUUACUCCAUUGGCAUUUUUUCUUCUGUUUAAACUACUGCUGCUCACAGCCUGUGGCUUUGAGCACCUGCACAUGCUCCAGGCACCAGUCUAACUUCAGCCACCCCCUUGCCUGCCAGGAUCUUCUCUGCAGAUAUUUCUCUUUAACUUCUCUUUUUCCAGCAAACACCACAGCAAUCUGCCUGAGGCUCCUGCUCAUCUUCUGGAGGGGCAGCCUCUGAGUCAAAAGAUGAAGGCUCAUGCCAGAUACUUUGCCUCCCUCUGCAUCAACUGAUAAUACCUGUCAUCUUCUUGUGAGCAUGAAGAUGCUUAAUGAAUCAAAUUUCAUGAGGGGUUCUACUAUUAUUACAAAUUGAAGCUCUGCUUUGGGAAACAGCAUAGGACACCUCACCCACUAAAGUAAAGAAGGAACUUUUGCUGCUCAGCACAGUUGCACUUAUUCAGACAUGGGCCAGCACCUUCAACAAGACAGGUAUGGCAAAUAGCCCAAAUAAGCUGAAAUGGUGGCUCAAGAGCCUAAGAAUUCCACGUUUUCUCUACUGUACUUUGCCUAUUAGUCUUGGUGUAGGCAGUGUGUCCAGGUGUACUAUCACCCCACACUCCAGCAGCUGUGUGCAGUGUGCUUUGCCACAGGACUUCUAUUCCUCUGAAAGAGGAAGAAAGGUUUAUCCUGUUCCAUAAAAAGUUUAACAUUUAAUAUUUUAAUUUUACCAGUUUCUGUUCACAGAUAGGUCUAGAAAUAUCCUGGGGCAAUUUCUUCUUAAGUAGAUUCCUUAAGUAUUCAUUUAAAUAAAAAUGAAGAGUUUCCUUUGAGGGCAAUUUCUUUACCUUUUAUUUGGUAUUCAUGAACACUGAUAGGGGAAAAGUAUGUUUUCAAGAAUGACAGUGGAAUAGGAAUAUUUUAUACAGGGAUCUGAAGGUGUGCCUACUCAGGCAGCUGUGGGCAAGCCUGCUCUUGGCUCAGGGACAGCUGGAGCCAAAUUACCCUCAUGCUUUUUUUAUGUGAGCAGUUUUCAUCAUGCAUCUGUAAGAAAUAUUCAACUAGGUAAUAUAUGUCAUGGAUACCUUAUAGUCAGUAACUGCUCUAUAAACAGUUGAAUAAAAGUUCUCAUUACAAGAGUUGAACGGUAACUGCUUUGACAAGGAAAAAUCCAGCAGUCUUAUUUUUGGCUGGACUUGUAUGUAAUGCAAAGUUUCCAAAGUAAAUUUUAAAAAAAGUAAAUUAGUCCAUUAGUGACAAGAAUUUUCAUCUUUGCAUUUGAGAAGAAGGAAAUUAAUAUCCAAGGUCAUAAUAAGAUACUAAAGCAUCACCUUUUGCUUCGGGCAAGGAUAUGAUUACAUAUCCUAGGUCGUUUGAUGGUCUGUGUCAUGGGAAUGAAAAAUGUUUUCAUGAGGUGACAGAAAGAUGACACUGUCUCCAUUAGCAUCUGUUGUAUUGGCUGGUAGAUACACAAGACUUUCAAGAAGAAAGAAGAUAAAACUAUUUAUUUUGCACACAACAGGACUGGGUGAAAGAAAACAGACAGGUUACUGCCCUCCAAUCUGGUUCUUACAACUGCACUGAAAACUUGACAUCUCAGGAACCAUGUCCUUAUACAGGAAUGUAUCAUCCUGUGUGUUGGCUGCCAGGACUGUCCUCUCAGUUAUGUACCUUCUGCUCCUUCCCCCUGCACCUCUGCAGCAGUGUGUGGAUCAUUGUGCUUGAGGAGAGUUUGAACACAAACCCAGCCUGGCAGUCUUUGGGAGCAAUUGUUUUGUUUUACUGUGGUUUAACAAUCUACUAUGGGCCUGAGUUUUAUUAUUUUAAGGACAGUCAGUAAUGUCUGACUGUCCUUAAAUCAGUCAUCAUCAUGUUACUGUCUGAUAAUCUGGGGGAUACUUCACUUUGUGAAUUCCCAGACAAAUCCUAGCCCUGGUCUACAGGUAAAAUUUUGAUUCAAUAGGCAUCAAAAUACAAAAGGAAGCUUCAGUUACAUCACAACCAAAUUUCAAUAUGAAGCAUUGUUUAAGUCCAUGUGUCUUAUAUUUCCAUUUAAUCUACACACUGGAGCUCACCCCAAAUGCUCCAAGAUCUCAUCUUUGUCAAGAGGUCUCAUCUGUUCUGAGCUGGAAUUACCAUUUCUGUGUGAAUUAUGGCAUAUGCAGAGAACUUGGCCCAUAGAGGGAAAGGAUAAAAAAUUAACUGAAUUAAAACUUCAGGGAUGCAGCACUUCAGAAUUUACUAAUUAGUUUGAGAUCUAGCUGUAGUACUUUGUUUCUGGAUAGCAAAUAUUUUGAAGAAAAGAUAUUGUUCCUUGGAAAGAUUCUGGAAGAAAUAUGUCUAACUGAAAGAAAGAGCCUUAUUGAAAAUAUUUCAGCAGCAGUCCUCCAAAGAAAACAUUGACCAGGAUGCUGAGUGGCUUGCUUCCCAAGAGAACAGUUUGGCAGCCCAGGAACAUAGCACACAUAAAUGUAAGAACCUCUUGUUUACUGACAGGCUUUGUCUUCUUUGGAACAGAAUGCAGAGAUUUACAAAGAUUUACAAAUUUAUGAAAUAGCACAUUAUGCAACAUCAACAACCAAAAAAACCUGUUUACCUUUAUUUCCAGCAGAUGUACUGCAGACACCCUGCAGAACCUGCACUGCUUCCAUGCCUGGCUGUGUGUUUUGGAGGCUCAUCCCAGAGGGUCUUAUAAACUCAGAGCAGCUUUCUUUCCCCACCACUGAAUCAAGAGAAACAAAACCUAUUCAGUGUGGAAACCUCCACACCAGACUGAAAUCCCACAUGCUUCCAUAUGCAUUUAUCUGCAUAUGAACCAUCUGGUGUCCAAUAAGGCUUUCCUUGUCUCAGCCAUUAGGUUUGCUUAUCUGCAUUUCACCUGGGGACUCAGACAGUGAAAGGCAAUUUGUAGAGCUGAAAGCACCCGGAUGUUUCCAAUGAUGCGGCUUUACAUGGUGGAGCUGUCACCUGGAGAGUGCCUGUUCACCUGCAUGGCACAGCACACCCCCUCCUCCUUGGGUGCUCUCACACUGACACAGCCUCUGGGACACCCAGGGGUGGGUGGAUCCCAAGUCAAUCUCUGUAGAGUGAAAGGACAUCCUGCCUUGCUCAUGGAAAGACACUUAGCUAUGCCCACUGGGAUCCCUUCUUCUGCAACCAGUCCCAAUCCAGCUGAAGGUGACCCAUGCACCACCCUGAGCCUCUUGUGGCAGCUGCAGAACUUCCUUCCCCCUGAGGGAAGUAAACAGUCCUGGACUUUCCUAAUCUCCAAGAAUAGGGAACCAUGUCACUCUUGCACGGCAGAAAUAGCAGCAGGAGCAUCCAUUUCUGGCUGACAAUGACAAGGCCACCUGCCUAGGGCACUGAUGGAAACCCUUUUCCAGCCCAUCAUUCCUCAUAGUCUGGGAAAUGCCAGUUAAUUACCUGGACUCCAGGUUCUUCUCCACUGACUCAGUCACCAUCUAGACUGAGGCAGACUUCUUUUAUGAUGCCAAGACUUUGUUAAACUCAAGUGGCUUCUGGAGCCAAGUCUUCAGAAACAUAUUCAAUGUCAUGAUACCUUAAUCUGGCCUUGAUAUUGUGAAAGUGUCACCAUAACAAGCCUUGGGUGUUGUCAGUCUCUGCCAACAAGGUGUUAAGGGACAAGCACUAGCAAGGGACACCCUGUGAGAGCCACGGGCAGCCAGAGGUAAUGCACUGUGGCUGCUUUCCCCAGCAGUUACUUCCUGAGGAGCAGUGGUAUUAUGGUGGAUUGAUAUUGGUGGUGGGUAAAUGUAAUAAAAUGUUUGUGUAGCAGGGUGUGAUUUCUCACAUUUAUUUCCUGCAAACUUAAUGAGAAAGGCUUUAUAAAUAAUUCUGGCUUUGUCAAUUUAAAAUAUGGAUUAAAAUCUACUAUAUAUGUUUUCAAAUUUUAAUGUGCUGCUUCUUUUUACCCCCUUACCAAACAACUCAAUUUUAGUUUUGCAGAUGCU